AUGGGAGCCUGUGCGAGCACACCUAAGGAAUCUGACAUCGUUGAAGGCUCUGCACCAACUGAAAAUGUUGUAGUUGAGUCCAAGGAUGUCACGACCGAGACAGAUACAACAUUAACUGAGGAGAAGAAGGAAGAGUCUAGUGAAGAGGCAAAGAAAGAAGGUGAGACAAAAGAGGACUCCUCUGAGGAAACCAAGGCCGAGCCAACUCCAGAAGCUGCAGAAGCUGAGAAGGCAGAUGAGAAAGCUCCUACUGAGACUGAGACACAAACACAAGAGACCGCACCUGCUAAAGCCGAUGAGGCGCCUCUUGUGAUUCUUUGA